AUGUGGACCUCCUCCGCCUUUGCCCUCCUCGUCGCCGCAGCCCCCGCGCUCGCCGGCGUCCAGGAGCUCUGGUGGAACAUCACCUACGUCUACAACGCCAACCCCGAUGGCCUCUACCCCCGCCGCGUCAUUGGUAUCAACGGGACAUGGCCACCACCUCCGAUCGUCGUGAACAACACCGACUCCCUGCUCGUCCACGCGACAAACUCGAUCGACUCACCCGCGACGCUCCACCACCACGGCAUGUUCUUCAACUCCACGUCCUGGAUGGACGGCGCCAUGGGCGUCAGCCAGUGCGGUAUCCCACCCGGUGACACGUUCCACUACAAUGUCCCCAUCAACACCUCUGAUCAGCACGGCACGUACUGGGUGCAUGCCCACUCUACCGGUCAAUACGUCGACGGUCUGCGUUCUCCGGUCAUCCUCCGCCCCGCAGGGCCAGAGAGGUACACGUACGACGAGGAGUUCACCAUCGCGAUGUCGGACUGGUACCACGACCAGCACGCAACGCUGCUCAAGCAAUUCAUCAGCAUUGCAAAUCCCGGAGGUGGCGAGCCCGUACCUGAUGCCGCGCUCAUGUACUUUGCGCAGGGCACGCAGUACCUUGGACCGAAGGAGGGCACCAACCCGAGCCCCGUGACAGCCGCGGUCGGCUUCAACGAGAAUGCAACGCUUCCGUUCGAGCCCGGCAAAACGUACCGUCUGCGGCUCGCGAAUAUCGGCGCGUUCGCGGGUUUCUUCUUCUGGAUUGAUGGUCAUGACAUGACGAUCAUCGAGGCAGACGGCAUCGACACGGAGCCAUACCCGAUCGACAUGAUCAACCUCGGCGUCGCGCAGCGCUAUUCGAUCCUGGUGAAGGCGCGGAACGACACGAGCGCAAAGAACUGGGCGAUCCACGCGAACAUGGACACGACCAUGUUCGACACCGUCCCGGACACGCUGAACCCAAACGCGACGUCGUACAUCGAAUACAGCAGCGCGGCGGAGACGGAGGACCUCGGCACGGUGGACGCGUACGAGGCGCUGAACGACACGCUGCUGACGCCGGCGGACGUGGUGGCGAUGCCUGCGGCCACGCGCACGAUCGAACUCGAGUUUGAGUUUGACACGAUGGACGAUGGCACGAACCACGCGGUGAUCAACGGGGUGACGUACAACAGCCCGAACGUGCCGGCGAUCAUGUCGGCGCUGACGCUGGGCGCAAACGCGACGGUGGCAGAGGCGUACGGACCGCAGAGCUUUGUCGUGGACCACCUGGACGUCGUGGACAUCGUGGUGAAGAAUGCGGACACGGGGAAGCACCCAUUCCACUUGCACGGGCAUACGAUGCAGCUCGUAAACUUUGCCGCCGACUACACGUCGGACGAUCCGUCGCUGAACCCGCCGAUCAACGAGUCGCAGGCGAAUCCGAUGCGGCGCGACACGGUGCUUAUCCCCGCGGGCAGCGCAUACACGUUCCGCAUCGUCGCGGACAACCCGGGCGUGUGGUUCUUCCACUGUCACAUCGAAUGGCACCUGGAGGUGGGCCUCGCGAUCCAGCUGAUAGAGGCACCGCUGGUGGCGCAGCAGCGCAACAACAUGCCAUCGUACAUGAACGACCAGUGCGCGACGCUCGGGCUGCCGUUCUCGGGGAACGCGGCAGGGUUCGCGUCGACGACGGAUCUUGACGGGCUGACUGUUGGGCCGUUCCUGCAGAACAACGGGUGGCACCCGAGGGGCAUCGGCGCGAUGUUCGGGUGCGUGCUGACGGCGGUGCUGGGCAUGAUCACGGUGACGUGGUACUCGCUCGGCGGGAGCAUCUCGGAGGCGGAGAUAGAGCACGAGGAGCGGCUGCGGAUCGAGGCCAAGGCGGAGCGCGGGCGGUUCUUCGGGCUUGCGAAGAAGGUGCGCGGCCUGCGGAAGGAGGGAGCGCACGGAGAUGGCGCGGGUACUGUGUUAUGA